UAGUGUGAGCCUUUCGUAAUAGCCGUCCAAAUUACUCUACGAAAUGUCCAUCUACAAUAUUAUUGCCAUUUUGAUGGGUUUGUUUAUGGUAGACGCUGAAGUGGUACAAACUACCCACGGAAAUAUAGAAGGGAAGACCUUGAGGACUUUAAUACAUAAAGUACAGUAUUAUGCGUUUAUGGGUAUACCUUUUGCUAUUCCACCGAUAGGCGAUUUGAGGUUUUUGGAACCUCGAUCUGCCAAACCCUGGGACGGCGUGUUGAAAGCUACCAAGGAGAAACAAGCAUGUAUCCAGUACAAUACCAAUAUAAAAAAGGGUCAACCUUUGGGAGUGCACGGGUCAGAAGACUGCCUUUAUCUAAAUAUUUUCACGCCCGAUUUGAAUCAAAACAAACGCGCAGUUAUUGUGUUCAUCUACAAUGAAAAUUUCGCGAUCUCUUACAACAAUACAAAGGACUACGCUCCUGAUUUUUUCAUCGAAGAAAAUGUUGUUAUUGCUACCAUAGCACACCGUUUAUCUUUAUUUGGCUUCCUUUCUUUGGAAGACGAUAGUGUGCCGGGAAAUUCCGGGCUGAAAGACAUUGUUGAAGGUUUGCAAUGGAUAAAAAAUAAUGUUGAUCAGUUUGGUGGAGAUCCUAAUAAAAUUACUUUGAUGGGAGUUCAAGGAGGCGCGGCUGCAGUUGAUUUGCUAAUACAUUCUGAAGCACGAGAAUUAUUUAGAUCUGCAAUUUUGCAUAGUGGCUCAGCAUUAUCGACUACGUGCCUCCAAGAAGGAGCUCGGGAAAGAGCAUUUGAAUUAGGUGAAAUACUUAAAUUUAGUACAAGCAGCCCGACCAAUCUAUUAAAGUAUCUUAGAGGUGUUGCGCCUGUUGACUUGUUAAAUAGGAACAUACACGCUAGUCCAAAAGACUAUUUCAAAGAAAAUCAACGUGGAGUUUCAGCUUUUGGUCCCAUAGUUGAGAAACAUUACGGUGGUUUGAUUAUUAAAUAUCCUGAAGAAUCGUCGGAAAAUAUAAUAAGUAUUCCCAUUAUGAUUGGGUUCAACUCUCGAGAAGGAUUGGAAUCUUCAUUACAGUAUCUCAUCGAACCAAGAUAUCUCACAUUUGUCGAUAAAGACUUCCCACUCAUGAUGCCUAUUCGUUUGAAAUUUAGGUUUAAUCCUGAUCAUGAAGAUUUUUAUGAUGCAAUAGAUGAGAUAAAAAAAAAAUAUUUUCAUAGCAGUAAAAUUCGUAUCAAUAAUGUCGCCGAAUUUGUGUCAUACAUUGGUGACGUUGCAAUUGCAUAUAAUGUUGAUUAUGCUGCUAGAAUGUAUAGUAAUAAAUCUUCAGCUGCAGUGUUUUACUAUCAUUUUGAUUACUACAGUAAUUUAAAUGAAAACAAGAAUAAUAUAAUGAAAAUAUCGACAGUAGAAGAUGGCACUUGGGGAGCUGCAUCUGGUGAUGAACUCUGCUAUUUGUUCAAAUGCCCGGACAUGGUCGAUACAUAUUUGAAGAAUUACAAAUCUUCAACUAAAGAAUACAAAAUACAAAAUAAGAUUGUUAGAAUGUGGGCUAAUUUUGCUAAAUACGGUAACCCGACCCCAGAAGAAGAUGAUUUAUUAGAGAAAUUAAGUUGGCCGGCCUUCAAUUUGGAUACUGAACAAUAUCUGCACAUAGACAAAAAUUUCGAUAUCAAGUCCAACCUUUAUAAAGACAGAUUCAAAUUUUGGGACAAAUUUAUCACAAAAUGGCAAAAUAAAAUUAAGAAAUCUAAUAAAAAUGAUGAACUUUGAUUGAUUUUUAUAAGGUUUUUAAUUAAAACAAAUUACUGUGUGAUUAACUUACGAUAUUGUAUUGGGGUUUUAUCCAACUUUAGGAAAGACCAGUGCCCCAGAAUAUUAAUAUGUCAGAUGAAAAUAUGAUAUUAUGAGGAAUUUAAAUUUUAAUGAAACCUUAUUAAGAUGUUUAUUAAAUAGUAAUAUUAAAUAUUUUAAUUUCAUUUUUUCAUUACUCCAAUGAAUUUAAUUUUCAUGUCAAGUGUAAAAAGCGUG